UUGAGAGCCAGCAGGGCAGCGCGCGACGCAGAACUUCGCCCAGCGAGCUCGUGUUCCGCUGUCGGCCCAUGAGCCACCGCGGGGGAAAAGGAGGAGGGAAAGCGAGAGAGCGAAGGCUGCUGCUGCUGCCGCGUCGCGGGGCCUUCGCCGAGGAGGCGUUGCAGUGCGCCUGCGUGCAGCAGGCCCCUGCUUCUGUUGCCUUUUUCGCGUUGCUGUCUCUCUCUCUCUCCGUCUCUCUCUCUCCGCCCCCCCCCCCCCCAGUCCGUGCGGCUCGCAGGACUGUUGCCGCUGCCAGCAAACCCUUAAUUCCUUGCUGGAGAUCUCCCAAGACGGACUGGGUACCUGCCCGGCCGAGCCGGCGCCCAGCGAGGAACUUGGAAGGAGCCCCUUAUCCGCCGCUCGGCUGUUGCUGUGCUGCUGCUGCCGCCGCCGCCGCCGCCGCCACCAGCGGCCAUGGGUCCCACGUCCCUGCUAUGGAGGCGGUACUGGCGGCGGCGGUGGCUGAGCGACUGAAGGCGGAGUGCUGCGGGGCAAGAACUGAGGCGGCGGCGGCCGGGGUCUCUCCGGUGCCGGGGGGUGUCGUGCUGACGGUGUUUUUAACCCUUAGAUGGUCUCUAGCGAGCCGUUGUUGCUGCCUGUGUCACUGGAGGGUGAGUUCUCCAAUAGUAUGAAGGAGAUGAUCGGCGGCUGCUGCGUUUGCUCCGACGAGAGGGGCUGGGCCGAGAAUCCGCUGGUUUACUGCGACGGGCAUGGCUGCAAUGUCGCAGUGCAUCAAGCAUGCUAUGGAAUUGUACAAGUACCUACUGGACCUUGGUUUUGUAGAAAAUGUGAAUCUCAGGAAAGAGCAGCUAGAGUGAGAUGCGAAUUAUGCCCUCAUAAGGAUGGUGCUUUGAAGAGGACUGAUAAUGGGGGUUGGGCUCAUGUGGUUUGUGCUCUGUACAUUCCCGAGGUGCAAUUUGCAAAUGUUUCUACAAUGGAACCUAUCGUGUUGCAGUCUGUUCCUCAUGAUCGCUAUAAUAAGACAUGUUAUAUAUGUGAUGAGCAAGGCAGAGAAAGUAAAGCAGCCACUGGCGCUUGCAUGACUUGUAACAAGCAUGGAUGCCGCCAAGCUUUCCAUGUAACAUGUGCACAGUUUGCAGGACUUCUUUGUGAAGAAGAAGGAAAUGGUGCAGAUAACGUACAGUAUUGUGGCUACUGUAAAUACCAUUUCAGUAAGCUGAAAAAGAGCAAACGGGCAUCUAAUAGGUCAUAUGAUCAAAAUUUAAGUGAUUCUUCCUCUCACUCUCAGGAUAAGCACCAUGAGAAAGAGAAAAAAAAAUAUAAAGAAAAGGAUAAACAUAAACAAAAACACAAGAAGCAAUCAGAAUCCUCACCGUCUCUGGUUCCUUCUCUAACAGUAACUACAGAGAAAACUUACACAAGCACUACCAACAACUCUAUGACAGGCUCAUUGAAGAGGCUGGAAGAUACCGCAGCUCGCUUUACAAAUGCAAAUUUCCAGGAAGUGUCUGCACAUGCUUCAAGUGGUAAAGAUGUUUCAGAGGCCAGAGGUUCAGAGAGCAAAGGGAAGAAGUCCGCAGGUCAUAAUUCAGGUCAGAGGGGAAGAAAGCCUGGUGGUGGAAGGACUCCUGGAGCUCCGGUGUCAGCAGCUUGUACUUUUCAACAAGGAAGUUUUUUGGGAACUCCUAGUAGUAUAAAGUCAUCUUCCGGAAGUUCAGUUCAGUCUCCCCAGGACUUUUUGAGUUUUACAGACUCGGAUCUACGUAAUGACAGCUAUACUCAUUCCCAGCAGACAUUGUCGACCAAAGAUGUACAUAAAGGAGAGACUGGAAGCCAGGAAGGGGGUGUGAAUUGUUUUACUUCCUUAAUUGGUCUUCCUUCAACCUCAACUGUUGCCUCCCAGCCUAAUAUUUUUGACAGCUCACCUGGAGAGUUGGGUAAUUCAAGCCUUACAUCAACAGGAUACAAGCGUGUUCAGUCCUCUGGGACAGAGGAUGAAACUGUAAAGGAAAAGAAGCGGAAAGGAAAUAAGCAGUGUAAACAUGGGCCUGGUAGGCCAAAAGGAAAUAAAAGUCAGGAGAAUAUUUCCCACCUAUCGGUUUGUUCUGCCUCCCCAACAUCAUCUGUGGCAUCUGCUGCAGGAAGUAUAACCAGUUCUAAUUUGCAAAAAUCUCCAACGUUGCUUAGGAAUGGAAGUCUACAAAGUCUCAGUGUUGGCUCCUCCCCUGUUGGUUCAGGCAUUUAUAGCAGCAAUGAUGUAGCAGUGUCCUUUCCAAACACAGUGUCUGGCUCAGGAUCUAGCACUCCUGUUUCCAGUUCACAUUUACCUCAGCAGUCUUCUGGUCACGUACAGCAAGUGGGAACUUUGUCUCCAUCUUCUACACCUUCUGUAACUACAACUGUUGCUACAACUCAGGCAAAUACCCUACCUGGAUCUUCCCUCAGCCUGCCUCCAUCUCAUACGUAUGGCAAUAGGCUGAACCCCACCUCAACAAUGGGAGCACUUACAUCUCAGUCUGAAAACAGUCAAACAGAUCAAGAUCUUGGAGACAAUAGCCGGAGCCUUGUGGGCAGGGGAGGUUCACCCAGAGAAAGCCUUUCACCACGGUCGCCUGUAAGUAAUUUACAGAUUCGUUAUGAUCAGCCAGGGAAUAGCAAUGUGGAGCAUUUGCCCCCGGUACCAGUUACUAUAGAGCAACUUCUGGAGAGGCAAUGGAGUGAAGGGCAGCAGUUCUUGCUAGAACAGGGCACCCCGAGUGACAUUUUAGGUAUGCUGAAGUCAUUGCACCAGCUUCAAGUUGAGAACCGACGCUUAGAAGAACAGAUUAAAAACCUGACUGCUAAAAAGGAACGCCUCCAGCUCCUAAAUGCCCAGCUUUCAGUUCCUUUCCCAACAAUAACCUGCAAUCCGAGUCCUUCACAUCAAAUACAUGCAUUUUCAGCUCAGGCUGCUGCUAGCACUGAUUCUUUGAACAGCAGCAAGAGCCCUCAUCUGGGAAGCACCUUUCUACCUGACAAUUCCCUUCCUGUAUUAAAUCAGGAGAUCAACUCCAGUGGACAAAGCACCAGUAGCUCCUCUGCUCUUUCCACUCCCCCACCUGCUGGGCAAAGUCCAGCUCAGCAAGGCACCGGAGUCGCAGGAGUUCAACAGGUCAAUGGCGUGACAGUGGGGGCACUUGCCGGCGGAAUGCAAACUGUAACAUCCACCAUUCCUGCCGCCGUUGGUGGAAUAAUUGGAGCUCUGCCAGGUAACCAGCUGGCAAUCAAUGGAAUUGUUGGGGCUUUAAAUGGGGUAAUUCAGACUCCUGCCACAAUAUCGCAGAACCCUUCUCCUCUCGCUCACGCAACUGUGCCACCAAACGCAGCACAUCCUCUGCCAACUACACUGAGUAGCAGUGCUUCUGGACUUGGGUUUCUUCCGGAGCAACAGAGACAACUCCUGCUACAUCAACAGCACCAGCAAUUUCAGCAGUUACUGAAUACUCAACAAUUCACACCACACCAGGCUCUUCUGUAUCAACUAGUUCAGCAGCAACACCACCAGCCUGAAGUACAACAAUUGCAGAUUUCUGGAGCUACACAGAUUCCCAUCAAUAACUUGCUGGCAGGCAAUCAGGCAUCCCCACUUCAUACAGCUACGAGUAACCCAUUCCUUACCAUUCAUGGGGAUAACACAGCUCAAAAAGUAACGAGACUCAAUGAUAAAAGUGGACCAGUUGCACCGGAAAAGAAUUGACAUUUGGAGAAAUAAAAACACGAGAAUUAUGUGUCCUGCUGUGAGAGCACUUCAUCAGUUUGCAAGUUGCAGACUCUCUGCAGGUAUGACUCAAUGCAACAAGGAGCUAACUGCACACUGGAAAAGCGAAUCUACCUGAAGACAUUUAUUGUAAGGCUUUGACCUUGUUGCUUUUUGUUGCACUGAACCUUAACUGUUUUCUUCCAAUUUCAUGGAACUUUUAAAGUAUUUUUGCAUAUUAGAGUUGUCAGUUUGGGCCAUUUGUUUGACUUCUGCUGCUGAACUAGUAGCCUUUUAACAUACCAGAGUGCUAAUGAACAGACUGUCUGUCCCUGCCUGUUCCAGAUCCAUUACUUGUUUGAAGAAAGCAAGCCAAAUUGCAGUAUCUGCCAAUGGCAAGUUGUUACUGUUUAGCUAAACACCAGUGGUUUUUUUUUUAAAGAGGUACCAGUUCCCCCCCCCCCCAAUAAAGGACCAGGUUUUAAACUUUUUACUCCCACCCCCAGUUAACUUUAAUGGAUGUUUUGCUAAAGCAAGAAGUCUCAAGUAAUGACAAAUGGUGGCUAAUGCUCAAUUGGAUUUUUUUUUAAGGUUGCUGGAAAAAAACAGAUCAGUUCAAAGAUGAUAAAUCUUACCAGACGAGAGGGCAACUCAUGUUCUGGUAAUAUUUGAAUUAACCCAAGUGCCUGUUGCUUACCUCUAUUGGGUUGGAAUUGCUUUGUAUAGCUGGGCAUGCACUAAACAAGUCUUUGUGAAAGCCGUCAGUGUGCUCAACCUUGCACCAGCAGCCGUCCCCAUUGAUCUGCCUUUAUGAGAAGUGUUUGUCACUGUAGAUAGCUCAGGCAAAUUGUUACCUGGGUUGCUUUCCACUAAUAAAUUACCAAAAAAAGAAGGGGGGGGGAAGGAAUUUCACAUUUCUGAGGAAAUGGUGUAAACGGGUGGAUUUUUUUUUUAAAAAAAUAUUUUCACUUUGAAUAGUUGAUUUCCAUGGUAUGACUAUGCAGUAUAGCAGAACAUAGAUUGAGGUUGGGAUUUAAUGGCCACUAAUCUGAAUUUGUGUGAAUUAUUAGUGGAAAAUACUCAAGUAUACUUUAGACCUACACUGUGUACUUAAUUGGAUGAACCUAUUGUUUCUGCAAUAUCGUUUGGUUAAACAUUGCACAGUUCUUACCUCAUUUCUGUAAAUAAGGUUUUGUGACAGUUUUUUGUAUUGUGGAAAAUUCAUAAGGUGGAUAUUUUGAUUUGUAAUAUUUCUAAUUGGUAGAUUUAAUUGAAAAUGAAAUAAUAAUUUAUUUUUAUAUGUUCAUGGGAAUUUUUUUAAAAAGUCACAAAUCACUUUUGUAGAUAAUUUACUAAAGUAAAUCAGUGUGGUUUAAUUUGCUUAAACCACUCGUUAAUAUUCUGUAACAAUUUGUACAAAUUGUUGCUGUUUUGCUAGAUGUAAAAUUGCAAGUUUAUAUAAGAUAUGUACAAAGCUUUGGUUAAUAAAUUUUAAUAUUGUUUAUGGUUGUAAACAUAACCCAA